UCCCGCGGCCGCCCUGUAACUUCCGGCGGCGGGUGGGCGCGCGCCCCGUAACGACCUUCUUUUCCGAGGGUCGGCAGGUGGCUGCGGCGUGGCAUGGAGGCCUCGGCCCCCGGCCGGGCGUGGCGGGGCUGGCGGCGGGCCCGGGCCGCGGGCUGCCCACUCUCCCGGGCCACCAUCCUUUUCUUCUCCGCCUUCCUGGUGCGGGCGCCCUCCUCAGAUGGGUAUUUGGCUCUGUUGCCAAGAGGUUUUCGCCUGACUCAGGAGCCAGUGAAAAUAGUAGGAUCAUCACAUUUUCCAGUACAGGUCUAUGUUAUGCUCCAUCAACGGAGUCCACAUGUGCUGUGUGUUGACCAGCAACUUCGAAAUGCUGAACUUAUAGACCCAUCAUUCCAAUGGCAUGGGCCGAAAGGAAAAGUUGUUUCAGAAAACAGCACCGCGCAAGUAACCUCCACAGGAAGCCUUGUGUUCCAGAACUUUGAGGAGACCAUGAGUGGCGUUUACACUUGUUUCCUGGAGUAUAAACCUAACGUGGAGGAACCUACUAAAAACAUUCAGCUGAAAUAUAUUGUCUAUGCUUAUCGUGAGCCUCAUUAUUAUUACCAGUUCACAGCUCGAUAUCAUGCAGCUCCUUGCAAUAGUAUCUAUAAUAUUUCUUUCGAGAAGAAACUUCUUCAGAUUUUAAGCAAAUUGGUUCUUGACCUUUCCUGUGAGAUCUCCUUACUUAGGUCUCAGUGCCAUCGUAUCAAAAUGCAGAAAGCUGGCUUGCAAAAUGAAUUGUUCUUUACAUUUUCAGUUUCAUCUCUAGACACUGAAAAAGGACCAAAGACAUGUACAGGCAAUGAUUGUGAAUAUUUCAGAAGACUAUCUAAGGCUAGACAUCUCAUAGAGAGAUUUUUUAAUCAACAAGUAGAAGCUCUGGGCAGACGCGCAGAGCCAUUGCCUCAGAUAUACUACAUUGAAGGCACCCUCAGAAUGGUGUGGAUUAACCGCUGCUACCCAGGGUAUGGGAUGAACAUGCUGAAGCACCCACGCUGUCCUGAGUGCUGCGUGAUCUGCAGCCCUGGGUCUUACAACCCCCGUGACGGCAUCCACUGCCUUCAGUGCAACAGCAGCCUGGUGUUCGGAGCAAAAGCAUGUCCGUAGCCCGCUGUCUGGAGUUCUCCGGUGGCUUAUUCCAUGCAGAAGUAUAUUUUUGAGAUAUCAAAAUAUAAUAAAUCACUAUUAUGUAAAAAUUAAUUAAUCCUA